AUGACCUCAUUCAUGCAAAAUCAAUAUCCUGUUAUUAACAUAUCUCACAUAAACGUUUUCAAAAUUGUAGAACAAAGACCAGACGUCAUCGUCUCAAUAGUUGAUUUGACCGGUGAUGAUGAUGUGUAUCAUGAUCAAUUAAUAGCUCGUGUCGAGGAAACAGCAGCGGCAUACCCUCUGCCGCUGUCACCCGUCUCAACGCUUUCGGAUCCUUCUCAACCUUAUCUGGUUGACAAUCGAGGAAAUAUAGUUGGUGUAAUCCCGAGGCAUGAACAUGCUGGUGAUAUUGCUGCCGUGCAAUCUAAAAUCAUAAAAGCAAAAGUUGUAAAAAAGGCUAAACGGAAUGAUGCAAAGCCGAGUAUUAUCAUAUCAAGUGUAUUACGUGGUGUUUUAUCACCUGUUUCUGCAUUAUUACCUAAGCUCGCAUCUAUGACUCGAACUGUGAACCGUAUUCGAUGUAAAAAUAAUCCGCAAUUACUGGAUCCACCAUCACGGAGCCAAUUGGAAUUGAGGGGUGAAUGGAAACAAACACACAAGGGUGAUAUGUUUUUACUGCAUGACAGCGGUGGCAAUAAAAAACGGUUUUUGGUAUUUUCCACUCCAAAAAACUUAGACGUUUUGAAGAAAUGUCAGCAAUGGUUGAGCGAUGGCACAUUUAAUGCUGUGCCAAGUAUAUUUUCACAGUUAUAUACUGUGCAUGGCUUUAUUGACGGCAAAUCCAUUCCACUUGUGUAUGCGUUAUUACCUAAUAAAUCUAAAAAAAUAUAUUUACAAUUCUUGACCGUUCUGAGACAAAAUAUGCCAAAUUUUUCUCCUAGUUUAAUCAUGGUAGACUUUGAGCCAGCAUUUAUUGAGGCUUUUCGAGAAGUAUUUAAAAGCACUAAAAUUACCGGUUGUAAUUUUCAUUUUAACCAAUGCUUUCGGCGUCGGAUUCAGUCCUGCGGUCUUCAAAGCCGAUAUAAUCAAGAUGUCAUUUUUGCUGCUAAUUUACGUCUACUCAUGGCGCUUGCGUUUAUUCCACCAAAGGAUGUGAUUGAAGGCUAUGAAUUGAUUGUUGGUUGUGAUUUUUAUAAAUGCAAUAGCGACGAUUUGGAAGAUUUACUUGCCUACUUCGAAAUGACUUGGAUUGGUCAAUUAUGCCAUAAUAAAAAAAAACGUAAGAAGCCAUUAUUUGAUAUCAGUAUGUUGAAUUGCUAUCAAGCCGUGAUUAAUGAUCUUUUACGAUCAAAUAAUCCAAUCGAAGGAUGGCACAGUGGUUUUAAUCGACGUGUGGGUGUUUCACAUGCUUCAAUUGGAUUGUUUUUAAAUAAACUAAAAGAUGAGCAGUCUCGUAAUGAAGCGUUAAUAUCGCAAAUAGAUACCGGGUUGAACGUUGUCACUCAGCCUAAGACUUAUCGAGAUUACAAUGUUCGACUGAAGAAGGUUGUCAUGAAUUAUGAUUCUAGCGAUAAAUUAGGAUACUUGAGAAGCAUUGCCAAAAUAAUAUCCAUCAAUGCCAGGCGUUGA